AUGGAAUCUAAGAUUAACUUACUUAGGCAAGAAAAUGCCAGACUUGUGGCUAAAAAUUACAAGCUUGAAGUUGAGAUCAUGAAACUGAGGCAGAUUAUUAAGGAAAAUGCUAGGUGUGAUAUUAGAAAUUCCUUGGUGGUGAGUGAACAACCACAGAAUGAUAAGGAAGCGAUUGUAAAGGUACUGCCAGAAGUAAUGGUAUCAAAUAUUGAUUUAUCUAAUAUCGUAAUAGACCAGCGAAAUAAUAUUGACACUAAAACCUCAAAGGAAAUGAAGAUAAAUGCUUUCUUGGUUAAGGUAAAUAAGAAAAGCAUUGGCGAUAAAAUUAGAAAGAGGAGGCGAAAAAAGAAAGUUCAGUAUAAGACGAUUGCCAAAGACUCAUCUCCAGUUACUUCAGAUUUGACUCACUGUGAAGAGGAUUUCUUUAUGACUAGCGUUAAACCUAUAACCCUUCUAGAACAGAUAAUUAAAGAAUUGAUUCCAGUUACCUCUAAAGUUGUCUGCUAA